AGAAAGGAUCAUGAGCCACAAUCUUCUUAAUCUCAAUUUGUAGAACCAUUAGCAUUGUGCUUUUCAGAUUCAUGACCACUCUGUAACCAUUAGUAUCAUAACCAAGUCAUUUUAGGAAGUGCCAUAACACUUCGGAAGCAGCUCGAUGUGCUGAUGGGUGCGUACCGUAAUGGCGACGUAAGGGAGGUGAAUCGGAAGUACUACAAUCGCGAUGUGUGCCGCCUCUACUUGUUUGGCCUUUGUCCUCACGAGUUCUUCCAAUUAACGAAAAUAGAUAUGGGGCCAUGUCUAAAGGUCCACUCUUUGCAGCUGAGGAGAGAGUAUCCUUAUAUUACUCACAAUGCUGGAUAGGUGCUUUUUUAGUAGUAGAUAUGAAGAAGCUAAGGCAAAAGGCAUUGAUAAUUAUGACAGAGAGUUGGAAGAUGCUAUUGACUGGCUCAUUGUUGACUGAGAUAGGAAAAUUGGUACAGCUCUCAAGCGUCUUGAAGAUGAGGAUGCAAAGGCCGCUAUUGCUAUAUCAGUCUCUGAAGUCACUCAGACCAGAAUUACUAGAGCUUUCAAAGCAGAUUAAGGAGAUAUUGAAAGGAGCUGAUCAAUAUGAUCUUGAAGGCAAGACAGAUCUUAAAAUACAAGCUCUAGAAGAAGUAGAAGAGCUUAGAACUAAAAGAGCAGAUAAACAGUCAACACUGCUUUUGGAUGCAUUCAAUAAAGAUAGGGCAUCUUUGCCCCAACCAUUGCCAAACCCGCCAUCUCUGGCACCACCGCCUGUGCCUGCACCUGAUCCUCGGACCCAAGAAAUGAUAAAUGAGAAGCUUAAGAAAGCUGAGGAUCUUGGUGAGAAGGGGAUGGUAGACGAGGCACAAAAAGCAUUAAAAGAGGCUGAAGCACUCAAGAAGCUCUCUGCCAGACAGGAGCCUGUUCUGGAUUCCUCAAAGUAUACUGCUGCCAAUGUUCGCAUUACUGAUCAAAAGCUACGUGUUUGUGAUAUUUGUCGAGCAUUUGAGUGUUUAUGACGGGUAGAUUUAUCUUCUACUUCUUGAUCAUAGCCUUUUAUCCUCUUUCUAAGGGCUUCAAAAAGUUAGUGUUUGGGGUUUCUAGUGCUUCAGCUUUUGACCCGGUUAUUAUACCUCCUUGUCACCAGCAGGCUUUUGGGCCCAGUUUUACGAGGAUAACUUUUGCAGCUGCAUAAUGUGCAUCUUUUUCUGUUUUUGUACUUGUGGAUCAUGCAAUUGUUAGAUAAUAAAUAUUUGGGAAACUGUAUAAUCUAUAAUGCAUACUACUGCAAUAUAUAUAUUUUCUCUUUUUUUAAGUUUCUAGGUCAAAGUGAUUUGAUUUUUCUUGUUCCUUUCAGUGACUGACGUUUAGCAGAUAAUUUUUGGAGGCAAACUUCAUUUAGGCUAUAUGCAAAUCCAUGAUAAAUUAGCAGAACUUCAAGUAAGAUGAUUUACAUGCUUAGUAUAUGCUGACUGUCUAUGGUGGCUCUACUUUGAGUGUUACAUUAGGCUAGGGAUAGUACCUGGCAUCCAACAAGUUGGUUGUAUAAAUUGCCUGAACCAUUCACUUACUAUGUUUAUUAUUAUUAUUUUUUAAAAUAAUCAUAACUUUAUUUGAAUGCCAUUACCUAAUGGAUUCUAGUAAAACAGCAAAUUAAUUCAUCUUUUCCAGAUCCCCUUAAGUUUGUAUUGUGAAUAUGUUGGUCACGUGCUGGUAUAAUGUUUCUCAUUCUUCUAUACAGAUUCUCAGUUAGUGUCAUCUGUGAAGAAUAAUAUCUCCCAUUUUUC